UCUCAUAAAGUCAAUUUUUCCAUCAACAAAUGAACAUAUUUUUAAUAAAAUAAAAACUUCCAUAGCUUAGCCCAAAAUGAUAGAAAAAAAUAUUUGGAGUCCUGCAAGACCCAUCAUUCCAGGGGCCGACCGAGCCAUCAAGAAUCUCCGCCACACAAAUUUUGCUCCUUCCUUUGAGGGCGAACAGCCACAGAUGGCGUUAAUCCUUUCCUGGCACUACGGUCGCCAGUGGCUAGAAGAACGAGAGGUCUACCAAAAGUCUUUACAGAAAAAGACCAAGAAGGCUUUAAAGUUCAUUCCCCCUGACUUUACCCGUUGGCUUGAAAAACGUAAGCCAAUCAAGACUCGUAAACAAUGGAUAAGCUCCUGACUUUUAUUGUUUUAUAUUUUUAUUUAUUUUGUAUACAUUUUUCGGGGCAUUGCUGAUAAUUGUUGUAGCCUUGAAUUUAUAAAAUUUGUAUUGUA